CGCCAGUGUCAUCACGGCAUGGCCGCUUUCACGCAGUUCUGUUUUCCCGCGUUCUGAUGUUUUUCGCGCGCGCUACGUUUACAGAACUUCACUAAAGACCAAGUGCAGAGGCAGGAGUUAGAGCCACCAUGGUCCGCAGCCGCAAAUCCACCAAGCAAGUCAACAUAGGGCCGCUCCUUGUCCGAACGGCCAACGAAUCACCUGACCCAUUGCAAGCUGCAGUUGCCGAGCCGGCUGUCUACACCAGGGAUGACCUCAGGGUACGAGUGAGCUGCAUCCGUGCCACAGCAGCCCCCAAUGACCUUCGCGAAUGGGCCUUUGACCUGGUGUCUCGCAACAUGCGCGACCUCUACGAGGCCAGCCAGUGGGGCUGGAGUGAAAACGCCAAGCGCAAGGAGCUGGGCCACCGAGACGCCUGGUACCUGGUGGCACGCCUAGAGGAGGACGACUCGCCGGUCGGCUUCAUCCACUUUCGGUGAGCUCUGGUUCUAAGUUGCGAGUGCAGGAACUGU